UACGGUCAAUCUCUAUGGCCAGAAGAGGCAGCAGAGAUGAGGAGGAAGGAGGUGUGGACAGGGAGGAUAGAGAUAAAUUAGUUGUAUAGCAGAAUGCUUUGGUCAUAAAGCUGUCAGAGCUCAGCAGAUUCUCCUCUCUGUGCUGAUGGAGACCUUGGAGGGAAGUGAACUCUGCUUUCCACAACUCCUCAACACCUCCUGCAGGAAGCCAGUGCGGCCUCACUUUGAGACCAUGCUGAUUUACAUUCUGCUGUCCUCCAUCUCUCUCCUCACUGCAGUUCUUAACCUGCUGGUCAUCAUCUCUAUCUCCCACUUCAAGCAGCUGCACACUCCCCCGAACCUCCUCCUCCUCUCUCUGGCUGUCUCGGAUUUCUUCGUGGGCCUCCUCAUGUUCUUUCAAAUUAUGAUCACAGAUGGCUGCUGGUUCUUUGGUGACCUCAUGUGUGUUGUGUAUCAGUAUCUAGCAUACAUUGUUGCCGCUGCCUCAAUAGGAACCAUGGUGCUUAUAUCUAUUGACCGCUAUGUGGCUAUUUGUCAUCCUCUGCAUUACUCCACCAAAGUCACACAAAAUAGAGUUCAAGUCUGUAUUUGUCUGUGUUGGAUGUGUUCUGUAAUCUUUCACAGUCUGAUACUGAAGGAUAACCUGGAACAACCAGGCAGGUAUAACUCCUGCAAGGGAGAGUGUGUAUCUUUCAUUAACUACAUUGCUAGAAUUGCAGAUCUUGUUUUUUCCUUUAUUAUUACCACUACUGUUAUUGUUGUUCUGUAUAUGAGAGUUUUUGUGGUGGCUGUGUCUCAGGCUCGUGCCAUGCGGUCACAUAUUGCAGCUGUCACACUCCAGAAAUCAGUGAAAGUAACUGCUAAAAAAUCUGAAAUGAAAGCAGCCAGGACUCUUGGUGUUGUUGUAGUUGUGUUUCUAAUAUGUACCUGCCCAUAUUAUUGUGUUGUGCUAACAGUCCAAGAUAACUUGCUCAAUGCUUCAUCUGCUGCGUUUGUAAUUUUUUUGGUCUAUUUUAACUCCUGUCUAAACCCUAUGAUCUAUGCCUUAUUUUAUCCCUGGUUUAGAAAAUCCAUUAAGCUCAUUGUUACAUUGAAGAUACUGCAGACCGACUCCUGUGAGGCCAACAUGUAGAGAGAUUCUGCAUGGUGAGUGAAAUUAGUCUAGUUUAGAUGAAGCACCUGUUCUAGGAUUCAAUGUGCAGUGUGUAUGUAUCAGAACUGUGACAUAUGUUUUGUGCUUGCUGUGUACGCAAGCACAGAGGAUUUGCGAAGUAACUGAGUCCCAACCCUUAGCUGUAUUUUUGUAGCUGCAUAUACCUUGCAGGACUGUGCACAGCUAAAGCGAAAACUGCCAGACAUUGUAAUGAUUCUUAAAGCAAAACAUUGUCUAAAAAUUAUAUAUGAUUUUGUCAAGUUCAGUGAGGAAAACUGAUCUGAAGUCAGUAGUUUUUAGUGUUCAGUCAUCAAUGUUGUAUUAGACUCGGCCAUAUUAGCAUUUGCUUGAUACAAUUGGUCUUAAGUUUAAAAGAUGUACAUGACUGUCCUCUCAAUAUUUAUAAUUGUAAACUGUAUGGCCUUCUUUAUUAAUGUCUUUUUUGCUCCGGUAUGAAUAGUAUUUAAGACAUAUUCGCAGGUGAGUAUUUUGCAUUUUUGUGUCAUUUAUUCUUCUUGCCCCCUGGUGUGUAAAGGCCUAUAUACUAAAGUAAGGUCUUAAAUGCAGAAAAGUGAAUGUUGGGUGUCAACUUCCCUCUGUCAGUCAAUCAAAUAUAGUAUGUGCUGGGAACACCAUUUGAUUCGUAUAACAAUUUGAUAAGUCAUAUGGCAUAGGGGACAUUUUCUGCUAAAUAAAUUCCCCAUUAUGUCACCGUUAGAGGCACCCAGAGACAGACAGUGGGGAAAAAGAGAGACCCAGAGACAGACUGUGGGGAAAAAGAGAGACAGGCACACAGAGACAGACAGUGGGAAAAGAGACAGACAGAUAGUUGGAAAGACAGACAGAUGAAAAGACAGAGAAAUGUAUAGUUGGAAAGACGGACAGACAGACAAAGAGAUACUUGGAAUCUAUGAAUUAUAUAGUAAUAUUACAAAAAAUGAUGAUCAGUACAAGAUAUUCACAAAAUGGAAAAUUCUGGAGGCGGUGAUAAAAAACAACCAAAACCCUCUAGAUUACCCAGUAACAGAACAAGAAUUAACAGAAGUCAUCCAGUCCCUGAAAGGAAAAAAGGCUUGUGGUAUUAAAUGAUCAAAUGCUCAGACCUUAAAGUCAGAUUGGCUAUACUAAAACUAUUCAACACUAUUCUGUCAACUGGAGCUUUUCCAGACAUCUGGAACAAAGGUUUAAUAACCCCAAUUCAUAAAUCCGGAAAUAAAUAUGAUCCAAAUAACUACAGAGGAAUAUGUGUCUCCAGUAACCUGGGAAAAAUAUUCUGCAACAUCAUUAAUAAACAACUUGUCAAUUUUCUUGAUGACCACAAUAUUCUGCAUACAUGCCAAAUUGGCUUCUUGCCAAAUUGCUGCCCAACAGACCAUAUAUUUACCCAGACUUUAAUUGAUUAAGAAUUAAAAAUUAAGAAAAGAAA